AUGUGGCAAGCUAGCAACGUCUAUGCCAUCUGCGGGUUUGCCGCCAUCGGCGGCGGCCUUUUCGGCUUCGAUAUCAGCUCCAUGUCGGGCGUCCUCGGCACUCAGGCGUACAAGCGCUACUUCAACAACCCGGUUUCGUACGCCCAGGGAGGCAUCACGGCCGCCAUGCCUGCGGGCAGUCUGGUCGGCUCGCUGGGCUCGUCCUUCAUCGCCGACAAGUUCUCGCGCAAAGUGGCCCUGCAGAUCUCGUGCGUCCUCUGGAUCAUCGGCUCCAUCCUCAUGGCGGCCGCCCAGAACGUCGCCAUGCUCUGUGUCGGCAGAGUCAUCUGCGGCCUGUGUGUCGGCAUCGCCUCGUCCAUCGUGCCCGUGUACCAGUCCGAGAUCGCGCCCAAGGAGAUCCGGGGACGGGUGGUAUCCCUGCAGCAGUGGGCUAUCACUUGGGGCAUCUUGAUCCAAUACUUCAUCCAGUUCGGGGCGGCCGAGGGCAUCGGUGGCGGAUCCAAGGACCCGAACCAGCCGACAGCUGCCUUCCGUAUCCCCUGGGGAGUCCAGAUGGUCCCGGCCGUCGUCCUGCUGAUCGGCCUCUUCUUCUGUCCCUACAGCCCGCGCUGGCUUGCCUCUAAAGACCGCUGGGACGAGGCCGUGCGGGUGCUCGCCAACCUCCACGGCAAAGGUGACCUUAACCAUCCCAAGGUCCUCGCCCAGUACCAGGAAAUUCAGGAAGCCCUGAGGUUGGAGAGGGAGCAGGCCGAGUCGUCCUUUAGCACGCUCGUCCAGCCGAGGAUACUCAAGCGUGUCGCUCUGGGCAUGAGCAUUCAGAUGUGGUCCCAGCUCAGCGGAAUGAACAUCAUGAUGUACUACAUUGUCUACAUUAUGGAGGGUGCCCAGAUUGCUUCUCCGCUCGCGACCGCAUCAAUCCAAUACGUGAUCAACGUCGCCCUGACGCUACCCGCUAUCCUCUUCCUCGACAAAUGGGGCCGCCGUCCUUCUCUGAUCCUCGGUGCCUUUGGCAUGAUGACCUUCCUCUUCGUUUCGGGCGCCCUCCAGCAGUACUACGGCCAGCCCAACACCGACGAGACCCGGACGCCCCAGAACAGCGACAUCAGCUGGAUCGUCAGCAACAACCGGCCCGUCUCCUCCGGCAUCGUCGCGUGCUCCUAUCUCUUCGUCGCCACCUUCGCCACGACCUGGGGUCCCGUCUCGUGGAGCUACCCGGCUGAGAUCUUCCCGAACAAGGUCCGUGCCAAGGCGGUCUCGCUGGCGACGGCGGCCAACUGGUUCUGGAACAUGGUACUGGCCUUCGCCGUCCCGCCUCUGCUGUGGAACAUCUCGUACAAGAUGUACUACAUCUUUGGCGCCUUUAACGGCGCCGCCUUUAUCCACAUGACCCUGUUGGCGCCCGAGACAAAGGGCUUCACCCUCGAGGAGAUGGACGAGGUGUUUGACUCGGGCCGGCCCGCCUGGAAGAAGUACAAGAAAUCGAGCAAGCUGGAAGAGCUGGCGCGCGAGAUCGAGGCCGGUAACCUUAAGGUUGCUGUUCCCAUCGGUGACCAGAACAAGGCUGCGGGCGAAAUUGUUACAUCCGAGAAGAAAGCGGAACCAUAGGCAGCUCAGGUCUAUGCUUGAC